UUAAAUAAUUUCUGUAUUUAUAUUUGGAAAAACCAAAACUUUGCGGCAACUCUGCCCAGCUACCGAUAGAACUAUCGAUAGCGUAGUUGCCAAUCUGACAGCUGUUUUAAGGUUAUAUUUUGCUACUGUGUUGCAAUCGCAUCGAUUUGUGUUUUCGGUCGGACCAUUACAUAACUACUAGCCAUGUCUCAGCCUCCAGUCCGUGUCUCGCCGCUGAUCAAGCUCGGCAGAUGGUCCCUGCUGCUUGUGGGCAUUGCCUACGGUGCAGCCCACCAGAGCCGCCUGUCCAAGAAGGAGGAGAAGGUCCGUGAGAUCGAGGCACAGCAGAAGGUGGUUCGCGAUGCCAAGUUGGCCGAGGAGAAGCAGCGCAACGCCCAGGCCGAGAUUCGGGCUCUGGAGGAGCUCUCCAAGCCCACACCCAAGAAGUAGAGCCACCUAUUUAGUUUGUUAAGUUCAAAACCCAACUCCAACCGCAACAACAACA